AUGAGAGCCCUCGUCCUCCUCGUCGGCAUCCUUCCGGCGCUUGCCCGCGCCGCCCUAAACGUGACGGGAUCAACGUGUACCGUGACGCCGCUCCCAGCGACCGGGAACACAGAACCGGACGACACGCCGCAGAUUCUACAGGCCUUCGAGCAAUGCGGAACGAAUGGCAAAAUUGUGCUGACGGAGGGUCUGUUCCACAUCGGUCAGGUGAUGGACACGCUGUCCUUCAAUAACGUCGACAUCGAGAUCCACGGCACGCUCCGCUGGUCGUCGAACAUCCAGUAUUGGCUACGCAGCAGCCUUCCUGUUACCUAUGCUGCGCGUAGCACUGCCUGGCGCGUGGGUGGCACGGAUAUUCGUAUUCGCGGUUUCGGAAAGGCCCUGUUCGAUGGCCAGGGCCAGCUGUGGUAUGAUCAGAACCGCAGCCAGAGUAAUCAGAAAGGGCGCCCGAUAAGUUUGACGCUUUGGCAUGCAAGAAAUGUCCUCCUUGAUGGAAUCACGUGGCGUCAGAGCCAGUUUUGGCACACUUUCGUUGCCUACAGCGAGAACAUUACUAUGACGAACCUGGAUAUGAAUGCGACAAGCAACAGCCAAUGGAGUACGGUGAACACAGACGGGAUAGACACGUGGAAUUCUAAUAACAUCUUCCUUCAAAACUGGACUGUGACCUGCGGCGACGACUGCAUCAGUAUGAAAGGCAACAGCAGCAACGUCCACAUCUCCAACGUUCAUUGCUACGAGUCCGGGUGUGCCGUGAUCGGGUCAAUGGGCUCGAACGCAGCGCAGCCUGAGUACGUCUCUAACAUCUACUACGACAACUUCACCUGCACGCACAGCUCCAACGCGGCCUGGAUCAAGACGUACUCGGGCACUGGGUACGUGCAUAACGUAACAUUUGCCAAUUUCAAGUUCCAGGACGUCAACCAGCCCAUCUACGUGACGCCGUGUAUCUAUGGAUCGUCUGGCUGCGACUCCUCGCGGCUGAAGAUAAGCGACGUCCGCUGGAUCAACAUAACAGGCACCAGCCGGUACAACAUUGCCAGCGCGAUACACUGCUCAAGCGCGUCUCCCUGCGAUGGCUUCCGUUUCGAGAACGUCAACAUCACGAACAAAGACGGCCGAACGACGGAUAAGUAUCUCUGCUCGAACAUCGCCAACCAGGCGCAGUCCGGUAUCCCCUGCACGGGGACUUGUCCGGCUAGUUGGCCUCAGCAGUUGAGUGGAAAUAGUUAA